GGGGGAAGCGCAUGCGCAGUCUUGCCUACGAAGAGUAGGGUGGAGUGAUAUUAAAUUUUUCCGUUCGCCGGAGUAGAGCUGUGAGAGUGUCGAAGGGGAAGCGCAUCGUUUUGUGUUCGUUUGCGAGUUCGGCCUCUCCGCGUACCAUGAGCCCGACGGAUGCGAAACGCAGUGGAGCUAAGCGCAGGAAGAACAAAAGGGCCGGUGGCCUGGGCACAUCAGGCCUCGCCGACAGCCUAGAAGUCAAACCUGUAGGGUCUGCUUCCUCAGCCACUCUCUCCUUCUCCUCGCCCUCCACUUCCUCUGUGGCUUCUUCCUCUCCCGCUGCCGGGAGUGAUCUUCUAGCCUCUGCUGCAGCUGCUCCUUUAAUUUCCAGUGAGAGCACGGGAAAGGCCGAAGUCCCCAAAAAGCGCUGUGGAGGAACAAUUAAUUCUAGGCAGACUCGCAAGCAAAGUCGAAUGGCUGCUUCAGCCGUGGAAGUAGGUUCACAAGUAGAACCAAUUGACCUUGAAGAAAGUGUUUGUGAAGAAGUGGUUGACCUCACUUGUGAAUCUUCAGAACCAGUAGUAGUUGAUCUUACGCACAAUGAUUCUGUUGUGGUGGUUGAAGAGCAUGUGCGGCAGCAACGAAAUCGAAAGUUAAGAAGCCAGCAGCUUCCCGACAGCUGUGUAUUAAGUAGUGAUGAUGAUGAACCAAGAGACAAUGAUGUUGUGUUGACUAGUACAUUGUCAAGAGAAUUGGAAUUGCUGGAAGAUGGAGUUACAAGCUCAAGGCGUUCUGGUACUGUGAGCUGCCCAAUUUGCAUGGAUGGCUACUCAGAAAUUGUACAGAGUGGACGGCUCAUCGUGUCAACAAAGUGUGGUCAUGUCUUCUGUAGUCAAUGUCUCCGUGAUGCCCUAAGGAAUGCCAACUCUUGUCCAACUUGUAGGAAGAAACUUGGUUGCAAGCAAUAUCACCCAAUUUAUAUAUGAAGUUUCAGAUUGUUCUCAGAAGAAUUCAAAUUGUACUUCUGAGUCACAUUUCAUAAAUUGAUUAUACUUCUGCAAGCAAAUAAUUACAGGUUGUGCAUAUUGCCCAAAUGUAACUUUCCACGAGUCUGCCCUAUUAUCUGGAACACACCAUUGGCUUUACAAUUUAUCAGGAUCCACAGAAGAACAAUGAUGACUGCAACUUGGUAUUUCUACACUGUUUUAAAGUAUUUGAAUGGGAAUAACUUUAGUACUUUAAGAGGGAUAAGUGUCGAUGUGUUUGUUCAGUACUUGAGAAUCAUAAUCAUGAUAACGCAAAGUCAAGCUAGCAAGUUACUAGAAAACCUGCUAUUAUUCAGAUUAGUCACCAUCUGUUAUUCCAUUUCCAGCUUUCCUUCACGUGAACAUUUCUGGAUUUCCAAGGAGACUAGUCCUCAUAGCCAUACUUCAGCUCACUUUUGUUGGAAAUCUGUAAAUACUUUAUUGAAGGUAUGCUUUGAUGUUCUCAGUUUGUUUUCUCUUGGAAACAGUGUAGAAGACACAACUGAUAUUUGUAAGAAAUAGUCAACUUCCUACAGCCAUAGUCAAUUGUAAACUAAUCUUCUGUUUCCAGCAGAUUUACAGAACAGAGAAAACCUCACCCCUUCUCCUCCAGGUGUGUGUGUGAGAUUUACAGUAGCAAGAUUUGGCCUCUGUAAUAUAUUUGUAGUAAAAUGCUUUGUAUGUUGAAACUUUCUCAAAUUAUAUCAUGAUUAUAUCU